CCUGGAAACCCGGGGAAGACAUUACGCAUCACCAACCAACCCACCCAUCGCCUACCCGUCUUUUCCUAUCGUCGCCCCCGAAUUCUAUCGGAACUGGUGCCGAACUUUCUCGCACCGGCAUUCCUCCAUUUCCGACCCUCCUAUCGGCACCGAGUGCCGGAAGCGCGCUUUGAGCCCUAACACGUAGGCGACAGGCGGCUAGCCUAGAGCUGUGUAGCCGUCGCAUAGCAUUAUUUAUCCCCAAGAUGGGGUUCAACCUCUUCCAUAUUCUCGGCGACGUCUCGCAUACGUCAUCGAAGCUGAUACUCAUAUGGGCGAUACACUCCAACAGCAGUGCUGAGGGUGUCUCCCUCAUCACCCAGGUCCUCUACGCGCUCGUCUUCGGCACACGAUAUGUCGAUAUCUUCAGUUCUUCCAUCACCAAGGAUGGUUGGCAUACGUGGAACUUCUCGUUGAAGAUAUUCUACACGCUGUCAUCGCUGUACAUCAUCUUCCUGAUGACAAGUGUAUACGCGCGCACACGGGAGCGAGAGAAGGCAUGGAAGUUUGGCAUGUACUGUCUAUUAGGCAGCAUCCUCAUCACCCCAUUCUGGUACCUUAUGGUCAGAGAUCAUGUGCUCGGACAUAGCACCUUUAUGAAGCUUCUCUGGGUCUUUUCUGAAAUCCUCGAAUCCGUCUGCGUCAUCCCGCAGCUGCUCCUCCUCCGCCAAACCACCGUACCCACCGUCAUCGACUCUUACUACCUAGUUACACUGGGUACAUACCGCGCCCUAUAUGUUCUCAACUGGAUCAUGCGCGGCGUCAAGGAAGACGACUACCUCGAUCCUACAUCGUGGGUCUGGGGCUCCAUACAGACGGCACUCAUGAUCGACUUCGCCUGGGUAUACUGGACGCGUCAGCGCGUGAAGCUACGGCACGGCGGCGUUGUAGACUCGGAUGACCUUGGUCGCGGAUGGAUCGUGGGUCGAUUCGUGGGCAGGAAGAGCAUGGACUUCGACUAUGACGAGGAGACCGCUGGACAGCGCAACGAUACCACACAACCAAAGAACAAGUGGGGUCGGAGGGGUAUCUCCGUCUCUGCGGAUGAGGGCGUAGAAGGUGCGCCAAAGAGAACCAGCCCAGAGGGAAGGAGCGCAGACCCAGAAAGUCAGCCACUGGCUGACCCAGCCGCGUUCGAGGACGAGAGCGACGAAGAUGCACCACCGCCUGGCGCUGCCACUUCAGUGGCUGAACAAAGUGGUGUGAGGAGAGAUGAAUGGGACGACGAUCUGGAUGACGAUGCCAGUGAACAUGAUGCAACCUCCAAAGCUGUCAAAUAAGUUCACACGCACGUCGCUUAGAUGGGAGGUAUGGGAUCAUACUCGUUCGGUCACGGCUUCAUCGCUGCUCUACCUCAUUGCAUUGUCUGCAUUCUUACAGCGAAUUUACAAUAUAAAUCAAGCUCUACAUGUUACCUCAUCACA